AUGUCGUGGAGAGCUUCAGAGCGUCUGAUGGACACCAUCCGUCACUAUGCUCGCUUUCCCGCCACUGGCGUCAGCUUGCGCCAGAUGGUGCAGUUUGGCGAGAAACCCUCAGUCGGCACUCUAUUCCGAGCUUCCCAGUUCUUAGCCGAGGAGCUUCCCAUCCGUCUAGCUCAUCGUGUGCAAGAACUCGACGAGCUUCCAGAUGGCCUCAAUGAGAUGCCAUCUGUAAUCAAGGUUAAAGAUUGGUAUGCCCAAUCGUUCGAGGAAAUCACACAGCUACCUAGGCCAGAACUACCCUCGGAUGUCAAAACUCGUCUCAUGAAACCCAGCAAAGCUAUCGGUCGCAAUGCUUUCCGUCUUCCCGCCGCAACCCCCAAUCCAUCCAUUGACGAAGGCGAGUCCGACGGCUGGGGCGGACUCCAGAACAACAACAGCAAGAACAAGGGUCUCACGCGCCGAUACUUUGCAGUUGUUGAUGACUCAAGUGACUGGCCCGCCGAUCUUCACCUGUACAACCAACGUUUCGCUCAGACUCUACACCAAAUCAAGCGCCGUCAUGACAGCGUCGUUACCACCAUGGCCCAGGGUAUCCUCGAAUACAAGCGCCGUCGCCAGCGCAUGCAGAUUGACAGCACCAUCCAAUCGUUCCUCGACCGCUUUUACAUGUCCCGUAUCGGUAUCCGUAUGCUCAUCGGCCAGCACAUUGCCUUGACAGACCAAAGCCAUCAUCGCGACCCCACCUAUGUCGGUAUCAUCUGCACAAGAACCAACGUCCAAGAUCUGGCCCAAGAAGCCAUUGAGAACGCCCGUUUCGUCUGUGAGGAUCACUACGGUCUCUUCGAAGCCCCCAAGGUCCAACUCGUCUGCAACCCCAACCUCAACUUUAUGUAUGUUCCCGGCCAUCUGUCACACAUGCUCUUCGAGACCCUCAAGAACUCGCUGCGCGCCGUCGUCGAGACCCACGGCAUGGAGAAGCAGGCUUUCCCUGUUACAAAGGUUAUUGUCGCUGAGGGCAAAGAGGAUAUCACCAUCAAGAUUUCUGAUGAGGGUGGCGGUAUUCCUCGAAGCGCCAUCCCCCUUGUUUGGACUUAUAUGUACACCACUGUCGACCGCACACCGAGCUUAGAUCCCGAUUUUGACAAGAGCGACUUCAAGGCCCCAAUGGCUGGUUUUGGUUACGGAUUGCCCAUCUCACGUUUAUACGCCCGCUACUUUGGUGGUGACUUGAAACUCAUCAGCAUGGAAGGGUUCCCCCGUGGGUUCUUCGCAAACGACUACAGAGCCGAAACCGAGAGAUAUCGGAACGGAAACAGGUGGGCGACGCCGAGGCCAACUAUUGCGAGAAACAACAUGAGGAGGAAGAAGAUGACGAUAAAGAAUUACAAUACUAUCACCACUACCAUGCCCACGAGGCAGACGACGAUAUGCCCGGAGGAAUAUCACGCAAACAGGAACGCACAGGAGAUUUGGUUAUUUGAAAGAGGAGGAAAGAGGCUACUCGAAUCGGAGGACGAAGAUCCCUACGCGCAGGAGCGCAACAGCACAUGGUUUACAAAACCAGAAGGGUCAACGUCCGGCCCCAAUGCCGGAAGUUUAUACGGCCUAACGAAGCGUGUCGUCGCACGCAUGUUUGGACAGUGA